AUGGGGCCAGGGCAGCAGCAUUAUUCUACAGAGAGGUAAUAAGUCAUGGGUUCAUGGGGCCAGGGCAGCAGCAUUAUUCUACAGAGAGGUAAUAAGUCAUGGGUUCAUGGGGCCAGGGUAGCAGCAUUAUUCUACAGAGAGGUAGUAAGUCAUGGGUUCAUGGGGCCAGGGCAGCAGCAUUAUUCUACAGAGAGGUAAUAAGUCAUGGGUUCAUGGGGCCAGGGCAGCAGCAUUAUUCUACAGAGAGGUAGUAAGUCAUGGGUUCAUGGGGCCAGGGCAGCAGCAUUAUUCUACAGAGAGGUAAUAAGUCAUGGGUUCAUGGGGCCAGGGCAGCAGCAUUAUUCUACAGAGAGGUAAUAAGUCAUGGGUUCAUGGGGCCAGGGCAGCAGCAUUAUUCUACAGAGAGGUAAUAAGUCAUGGGUUCAUGGGGCCAGGGCAGCAGCAUUAUUCUACAGAGAGGUAAUAAGUCAUGGGUUCAUGGGGCCAGGGCAGCAGCAUUAUUCUACAGAGAGGUUAUAAGUCAAGAGGUAAAACCUACUAACUCAUCCUUCAUGCACAAGCAUUUUCUUCUGCUUUCUGUAAUCUAGCUCUCUGGGUAGUUUAAACUUCUCCAUCUCUGAAGCCUCGCUACUUACCGGUAAGUACCAGUCCUUUAAUAAACACUGAACGACUGCGCCAAGAAGGAAACAAAUAUAAUAAAAAUUACUGCUCUAAAUAUUAUGAUGAUUUAUUGCGAGGGGUUAAUGUUUCUUGUCUCUAUUAACAUUUCAGCCAUGAAAUAUACGAAGAGACCAAUAAACUGCUUUUAAAUUUAAAUCUGGGCACUGAGCAAAUACAAAGUGUCAAAACACACGGCAUGCAAUACAUCUUAGACAGGAUCGCUGUAUGCAAAGCAGCGAGUGGAGUGCUGUGCGGGGCUGAAUACAGCCAUUCUCCCAGAUUAAUCACGGCACGCCAAGCCAACUAUACACUAAACCGCAGAUCUUUUCAAUUACUUACAAACGUUGACAAGAAAUGGCUAUUAUUUUGGAAGAGUUUUUCAAAUGAAAAGGAGGCUUUUUUCAAAGAAUUCUGAACAAAAAAAAAACAGACCAGAAAACCCUUUGAGGGCAUAAAAGUGCGCGCUGUGGGCACUUGUUGAGACAGUACAUUUUAUAGAGACAUCAAACAUUUAGCUUAAAACCCAACACAGCCACAAAGGCAGCAGCUGAAACACAGAGAGAAUAUGUGCGGCCAACACCGAAUUUACAGAGUUAUUCACUAAGGUGGGAAUUGUUUUCAAUUCUGAGUGAAAUCCAAAUUUUAGAACAAAGUUCCUGCUUUGUUUCCACUGCCUCCACUGCUUCUUAUUGGAGAUGGUGAAAAGGUGUCCCUGGGUCUUUUAAUCCUUGCCUCACGCAUCCUGCUGGGUCACUCUCACCAAAAAUGUCUUCUUCCACUUGCCCCUUAAUUGUAGGAGGGUAACAGCCAGCACCCUCCUCCACUGACAGCGCCUCCUGCAGUUCAACCCCUUCCUCCUCUAAUUCGGUCACACCUGAAGUACCAGGGGCUCACUCCAGGCAUGCUUGUAACCACUCUGCAUCACCACAGCUUAACACCUUCCUUUUGAGUUGUUCCAAAAGAACCUCAACUGUGACAGACAUAUUCCAGAGGUGAGGGCUUCAGCUUAAUAUUUGAAACAGCCAACUUUUGAUUUGUCUGGCACAAGUAAGUUGAAUUAAAUUUUGGCGCCUUUACAUUUAUACCCCUGCAGCUCCUGCCGCUAGGUGGCUCCGCAAUUAUCCACUCAGGUACUUUACCUCAGCUCGAGCUUCCCGCUGAAACCAGCCGCACACGCUGCCCUGUGCCUAACACCUAG